AUGCCCGCGCCUCUUCACUCCCAUCCUCAUAGCUCCGCAUUUGCCCCCGGCCAGGAAGUUCCAUCUUCUGGAGAUAAUGGUCCGCGGGUGCAUGUUUGUCAAGAGGAUGAGAGCGCCAUCGCAGAUAUUCACCGGACCCUGACAGUCCAAGAGUAUACAGAGCCUCACUCAUCUUUCGACAAGUUUCUCGAAGAAGAAGUUCAAGGAGGCAAGAAGCGCUCUAAUCUAGGCGUUUGUUUCCAAUCCGUCUCAACUUGGGCGGAAGGUGACGGCCAUGCCGAUGUGAAGACUCUAGGAACAGCCCUUUGGCGCUCAUUUACAUUCCAGGAUAUCUAUGAAUGGACUGUUCAGCCAUGGCUAUCAACCAAAGAUCCGAAGAAGGGUCGUCAGCUUAUUCGAGAUUUCUCCGGCGUGGUUCAGAGCGGAGAGAUGAUGCUAGUUUUGGGCCGUCCUGGAGCUGGCUGUUCGACCUUUCUUCGCACCAUCGCAGGUCAUCAUUCUUCCUUUUUAGGUGUGACGGGCUCAAUCGACUAUUCAGGCUUGUGCCCUGAUGAAGUCAGAAAGCAUUAUCGCAGCGCAGUCGCCUAUGUUCCUGAGGAUGACGUGCAUUUUCCUACGCUCAAUGUACGCCAGACGCUGGAAUUCGCGCUGCAAAGCAAGACUCCCAAACGCUACAAGGAUCGGAUCCCAAAAUACCUGGAGAUUUACGGGCGAGUGUUUGGCAUGACCCACACAAUGAACACACUCGUGGGCAAUGAGUAUAUCAGAGGUGUUUCUGGUGGUGAACGUAAACGAAUCUCGAUCAUCGAGUCUUUGGCAACCGACUCAUCUGUGACUUGUUGGGAUAACUCCACCCGUGGUCUCGACGCUUCGUCUGCUCUAGACUAUGCGCGCAGCUUACGAAUUAUGACCGACACCUGCGGAAAGGCCACUCUGCUCACACUUUAUCAAGCAUCAGAUGCUAUAUACGAGCUAAUGGACAAAGUUCUGCUGAUAGACGAAGGCCGCAUGCUCUUCCAGGGCCCAGCUAAAGAGGCCAAGCAGUACUUUGAGGACUUGGGAUACGAGUGUACCGAGAUGCAGACUACAUCCGAUUUUCUGACUAGCAUCACGGUUCCUGAGCGACGGAGCUUCCGACCUGGCUGGGAGAACCGGGCCCCCAAAGGGCCCAUCGAGCUUGAAGCUGCAUUCCGACAAAGCCAGGCUUUCAAGAAUGUCGAAAGGUCGAUCGAGCAAUACGAAGAUAAGCGAUUCGGAGGCAAGGGUGGCUCAACAUACCCAACCGACUCGGAGUGCGGUAGCGUGGAAGAGUUCAAGCGGACUAUGCAAAGCGAUAAAUCUCGCUUCGUAUCGCCCAAAUCUCCCUACACCAUCUCCUUGUUCCGUCAGGUCGUACUUUGUUCUCAGCGUCAACUAUGGCAGUUAAAGGGUCACAUGGGACCCUUGUACAUUAAGCUGAUUUCCGCCGUGGUAUAUGGUCUCUUGGUUGGCUCGAUGUUCUACAAUCAGCCCCAGACUACUGAUGGGAUGUAUUCACGGGGUGGCGUCCUAUUCUACUCUUCUAUCCUACUCGCAUGGCUGCAAAUGUCAGAGCUAGAAGAUGCCAUGCAUGGUCGUGAUAUCCUCAGUCGGCAGAAGAAGUUUGCGUUUGUACGGCCCAGUGCAGUUUGUCUCGCUCGAGUGAUGCAAGAUAUGCUGGUGACUUUUGUCUUGACAUUUUUGUAUCUCAUCGUGCUGUACUUCCUGUCUGGACUACGCUCUGAGGCGGGUCCGUUUUUCAUUGAUUUUCUGUUCAUCUACACGUGCACAGUCUGCCUGACAUCUCAAUUCCGUGUCUUCGCUGCCAUGUCUGGCAACUUCGAAGUCGCAUUACGAUACUGUGGUGUAUCUGUGCUAUUUUGCAUCGUUUUUGGUGGAUAUGUCCUAUCGGUAGACAAGAUGAUUCAGGAUGUUCCGUGGGUCGGAUGGCUAGCAUAUACGACACCUGCGCUAUACACUUACGAAUCUGUCAUGGCUGCUGAGUUUCAUAAUAUGAAUUUCACCUGUGCUACGUCUUCGAUUGUCCCAUCGGGCUCUAACUACACCGAUGUUGCAUACCAAUCCUGUGCAUAUGCCGGGAGUAAGGUCGGGAGCAUUGUGGUCAAUGGUGACGACUAUCUAGCGGCGCAAUUCGGGUUCUAUUAUAGUCAUGUCUGGCGCAACUUUGGGAUCCUCUGCCUUUUCACCGUAGUCUUCAUUGGCCUUACUUGCUGGCUGAGUGAGGCCAUGGAGUGGGAGUUGGAUAGCGCGGGCCCCAUCCAGUACAAGCCUACACAUAGCUGGUUCAAGCGAGAUAAGUCGACUGGGCAGGAUGAAGAGAAGACGCCUGUGUCAGCGGACCCACGUGCAGCCCCAGCCGGUUUCGCGGGAAAUGGUCCUCAACAGUCCUUGGCGGCAACAGAAUCCACAUUCACUUGGGCAGAUUUGGAACUGAAUGUGCAAAUCGGAAAGGAGACUCGGAAUUUGCUGGACGGAGUGUGUGGGUAUUGCAGACCAGGGUCUCUGACAGCCCUUGUUGGUGCAUCUGGAGCUGGAAAGUCGACGUUGCUGACUGCCCUCACACAACGACAAAGUGCUGGUGUCUUAACAGGGUCCCUGUAUGUCGAUGGCCAACCCAUCGAUGGUUCCUUCAAUCGUCAGAUUGGAUAUUGCCAGCAAAUGGACAUUCACGACGAAAGCAGCACUAUCCGGGAAGCAUUUGAAUUUUCGGCCUUGCUUCGACAAAGCCAUGGCACACCAAAGGAAGAGAAAAUGGCCUACGUGGAAACCGUGCUGCACACACUAGACCUAGUCGAGUUGCAAAAUGCGGUCAUUGGGUCUCUGGACAUCGAAAAGAAGAAGCGUGUCACGAUUGGUGUGGAACUAUGCGCCCGGCCCAAGCUGCUGCUCUUCUUGGACGAGCCAACCAGCGGACUGGAUAGUCAAGGUGCGACUAGCAUAGUAGCUUUGUUGCGGCGAUUGGCAGACCAGGGGCUAGCUGUGCUGUGUACGAUUCACCAGGCAAAUCAGCAGCAGUUUGAAGAGUUCGAUCGUGUCCUAGCCUUAAGCCCUGGGGGAAAAACCUAUUAUUUCGGACCUGUCGGUGAAUCUGGAGCAGCGAUCUUUGACUACUUCAUGAAAAACGGCCACGUUCUGCAAAACGUCACUAAUGCUGCCGAUUUCCUCAUCGAGGUGGUUGUCGGUGGUAUGAAGCCGUCUGGAGACAACGUCGAUUGGGCGUCGAUCUGGCGCAACUCAGAGGAAGCUGAAGAUGUCAAGAAGGAAAUCUCCAAAAUCCGCUCCAGCAAGAACCCUGAACCCCUGGUCGCUCCACGUCUGCCACCAUUAUAUCAGCAGAUAGUCCUUCUCACUCAGCGAACAUGUCGGCAAUUCUGGAGAACAGCUGAGUACCCAUACUCACGACUUUAUUCCUCAUUCUUGCAUGCCCUUAUCAACGGGCUGACUUAUCUCCAAAUCGGGAACAGCGCAACUGAUCUACAAUCCAAGGCUUUCUCUUGCUUCUUGGUCUUAAUGCUGGUACCCGAGUUCAUCAACGCGAUCUCUAUGAGAUUCAUCAUGAACCGCGAUAUCUGGCUGGCAAGAGAAGGGCCCAGUGGAGUGUAUAACUGGAUUGCAUUCAGUACUGCGCAGAUCGUCUCAGAGAUUCCGUAUACCGUUAUUGGUGGCGUCAUCUUCUACGCUUUGUAUUACUUCAUGGUCGGACUACCCCUAGGCUUUGCGGCCGGGUAUAGUUUCCUAAUGUUCUUCAUGUUUUUCCUUUUCGCCACAUCCUGGGGGCAAUGGAUUGCAGCUUUGAGCUCCGAUUCCAUGAUCGCCGCGACUCUGAUGCCGUUCUUCAUCAUCAUGUGCGAGCUGUUCAACGGCAUCCUUCGACACCAUGACCAGAUGCCCGCUUUCUGGAAGUACACCAUGUACUAUGCCACACCUUUCACUUACUGGAUUGGCGGUGUACUAACAGCCGUCCUCGGUGGCACGCCUGUGAUCUGUAGUGAGAGCGAGUUGACUUUCUUCGAGAGCCCACCGAACAUGACCUGCGGCGAGUACGCUGGUCCGUGGCUUUCAGCACAAGGUGUGGGAUAUUUAUCCAACGAGAACAGCACCGGAACUUGUGGAUACUGCCCAUACAGUUGGGGUGAUGACUACUUGUCUGGAAUUGGGCUGGAUGAUUCCAAGAUCUGGCCUUACUUUGGAAUUUUCCUUGCUUUCACAAUCUCCAAUUACUUAAUGGUGUAUUUGCUCGUGUAUGUUCGAUCUGUCAUGAAACCAUUCUGGCAGUCGAAGUGA